AACAUCUCCCUCAUCAGAGAUAAAGCUGUGCGAGAUACCAUCUUAAACAUGACCUUGACAGCCCUUGCCCCUGAAUUUGAAGAUUUUGAGCCGGAAGACUUUCAGACGUGGUUUCAGAUCAAUUUGGCUCCUGUGAUGGCAAGCAUCCGCCCUGGCAACUUGACAGUGAUCCCCAGUAACAUCAGCUGUGAAUCCUACGCAGCUAUAAUCACUGGUUUUCGGCAAAGUUUGGAAUCUCUGCCAGUGCGCCUUUCAUCUGGUGUGAGAUCGAGCAAAAAGUUCCUCGAGAGGAGAUUCCCACGUUGCUCAGUUCCAGAUUCCUUCAUGUGCAAGGAGACCCAGGUUGAUGAGGACCUCAUCUGUGAGGGAGUUGAUAGCGACCGCAUGGAUUUUGCACUUUCUCUCGCCAGUUCCUCUGAAGCCCUUUGCAAUUUGACCCUCACUGAACAUGCCUGCUCCAUGGCCACGCAUCUGACAGCCAGCAACGUGGUCACAUUGAUGAAAUGCUCACUGGAAAGCCACAUGCCAUUACCUGUAGCGGUCUGGAAGCUUUUCUUUGAAAAAGCCUCCGCUGCACUAGAUGAGGCUCUUAUGACAUUUGCCACCAUGGCUCCCAACAACACCAACCCAUCCUUUUCACACGCCCUUGAGGCUCUCGGAGAAGUGAGAAUUGCCAAGUUGAGCCACUCCCAACUGCAGAACGCAUCCUUUGUCAGAAGCUUGUUCCAGACAAAUCUUCGUCCAUUUUUGGCCUCUCCAUCCCGGAACUUCCUCUUCUGCCUUAGCUCCAGGAACUUCAGCUGCCACACGUACCAGACUGUCACCCAGACAUUCAGCAGCCAAAUGGCAUACAUGGACAGAGAGAGUCAGCGCGCAGUCUACACUCAUUUCAUCAAGCCAUUCCUUUCAAGAAAUGACUCCUCAGAUCCUGGCUGUGUAUCAUUAUCCAGAGAUAGUCAAGAGUGGCUGGAGGAAAACCUUGCCGGAUUCGCAGCUUUUGCAACCCUGCAGGAUCUGCAAGCCCUUAAUGCCAACUUCUCAAGCGCCGAAGUCUUGUCAGUUCUCACUCCUACUCAGUUGGGACAGUUUGUACGGACUUUCGAGGCCUUGGAUGACACAGAACCAUUGGACCGUGUGUUUGACCGGCUCGAGGAGGGCAAUCCUCGAGAAAAUGUGGAGGAAUUCCUGACAGAGUUGACCGCAAAUGAAGAGGUCCCUGAUUUCCAACCCCUUGUGAGAGACCGUGUGAUGAACAGGACCUUCACCAUCAUCAGUCCCCAUUUCACAACGUUUGAGGAAGUCGACUGGAUUGACUUGUUUCAGCGGUUACUGGUUCCUCUCCUCCCGAGUUUCAAUGCGAUGAUGCUCGAGGUUGCAAUCUCAGACAUUAACUGCACAAACUAUCACGUUGUUGUGAGAGGGAUGGCCAGAGCUUUCCCUGAAAUGUCACCACAGAGACAGCAAGAAAUCACAGAAGUUCUGCUGGAUUACCUGCAAAAUUCUGCCAGCGUCAUCAACAAGCCAGUUUGCAGGCAGGGAAUUCAGAGUGACGCAGAAUUUCUUGAAGCAAACUUGGGUCCAUUUUCCGAAAGCAUACCACUCUCUGACCUCAAAUUCUUCAACCUUUCUGUGGCGACGCUUGUGGGCUCUCUCUCACCAAACCAGAGGGCCGAGCUGAUCCUGGAUCCAGAAAUCGGUGCUUUGGAGAAUGAGACCUUGGUAAGGGAGGUGUUCAAAAGCUUGACAGAGUCCCCUGACGACGAGCAGCUGGGGGAGUUUCUUGAGGCUUUUGCAACCAUCACCAAGCAGAGAAACAUCUCCCUCAUCAGAGAUAAAGCUGUGCGAGAUACCAUCUUAAACAUGACCUUGACAGCCCUUGCCCCUGAAUUUGAAGAUUUUGAGCCGGAAGACUUUCAGACGUUGUUUCAGAUCAAUUUGGCUCCUGUGAUGGCAAGCAUCCGCCCUGGCAACUUGACAGUGAUCCCCAGUAACAUCAGCUGUGAAUCCUACGCAGCUAUAAUCACUGGUUUUCGGCAAAGUUUGGAAUCUCUGCCAGUGCGCCUUUCAUCUGGUGUGAGAUCGAGCAAAAAGUUCCUCGAGAGGAGAUUCCCACGUUGCUCAGUUCCAGAUUCCUUCAUGUGCAAGGAGACCCAGGUUGAUGAGGACCUCAUCUGUGAGGGAGUUGAUAGCGACCGCAUGGAUUUUGCACUUUCUCUCGCCAGUUCCUCUGAAGCCCUUUGCAAUUUGACCCUCACUGAACAUGCCUGCUCCAUGGCCACGCAUCUGACAGCCAGCAACGUGGUCACAUUGAUGAAAUGCUCACUGGAAAGCCACAUGCCAUUACCUGUAGCGGUCUGGAAGCUUUUCUUUGAAAAAGCCUCCGCUGCACUAGAUGAGGCUCUUAUGACAUUUGCCACCAUGGCUCCCAACAACACCAACCCAUCCUUUUCACACGCCCUUGAGGCUCUCGGAGAAGUGAGAAUUGCCAAGUUGAGCCACUCCCAACUGCAGAACGCAUCCUUUGUCAGAAGCUUGUUCCAGACAAAUCUUCGUCCAUUUUUGGCCUCUCCAUCCCGGAACUUCCUCUUCUGCCUUAGCUCCAGGAACUUCAGCUGCCACACGUACCAGACUGUCACCCAGACAUUCAGCAGCCAAAUGGCAUACAUGGACAGAGAGAGUCAGCGCGCAGUCUACACUCAUUUCAUCAAGCCAUUCCUUUCAAGAAAUGACUCCUCAGAUCCUGGCUGUGUAUCAUUAUCCAGAGAUAGUCAAGAGUGGCUGGAGGAAAACCUUGCCGGAUUCGCAGCUUUUGCAACCCUGCAGGAUCUGCAAGCCCUUAAUGCCAACUUCUCAAGCGCCGAAGUCUUGUCAGUUCUCACUCCUACUCAGUUGGGACAGUUUGUACGGACUUUCGAGGCCUUGGAUGACACAGAACCAUUGGACCGUGUGUUUGACCGGCUCGAGGAGGGCAAUCCUCGAGAAAAUGUGGAGGAAUUCCUGACAGAGUUGACCGCAAAUGAAGAGGUCCCUGAUUUCCAACCCCUUGUGAGAGACCGUGUGAUGAACAGGACCUUCACCAUCAUCAGUCCCCAUUUCACAACGUUUGAGGAAGUCGACUGGAUUGACUUGUUUCAGCGGUUACUGGUUCCUCUCCUCCCGAGUUUCAAUGCGAUGAUGCUCGAGGUUGCAAUCUCAGACAUUAACUGCACAAACUAUCACGUUGUUGUGAGAGGGAUGGCCAGAGCUUUCCCUGAAAUGUCACCACAGAGACAGCAAGAAAUCACAGAAGUUCUGCUGGAUUACCUGCAAAAUUCUGCCAGCGUCAUCAACAAGCCAGUUUGCAGGCAGGGAAUUCAGAGUGACGCAGAAUUUCUUGAAGCAAACUUGGGUCCAUUUUCCGAAAGCAUACCACUCUCUGACCUCAAAUUCUUCAACCUUUCUGUGGCGACGCUUGUGGGCUCUCUCUCACCAAACCAGAGGGCCGAGCUGAUCCUGGAUCCAGAAAUCGGUGCUUUGGAGAAUGAGACCUUGGUAAGGGAGGUGUUCAAAAGCUUGACAGAGUCCCCUGACGACGAGCAGCUGGGGGAGUUUCUUGAGGCUUUUGCAACCAUCACCAAGCAGAGAAACAUCUCCCUCAUCAGAGAUAAAGCUGUGCGAGAUACCAUCUUAAACAUGACCUUGACAGCCCUUGCCCCUGAAUUUGAAGAUUUUGAGCCGGAAGACUUUCAGACGUUGUUUCAGAUCAAUUUGGCUCCUGUGAUGGCAAGCAUCCGCCCUGGCAACUUGACAGUGAUCCCCAGUAACAUCAGCUGUGAAUCCUACGCAGCUAUAAUCACUGGUUUUCGGCAAAGUUUGGAAUCUCUGCCAGUGCGCCUUUCAUCUGGUGUGAGAUCGAGCAAAAAGUUCCUCGAGAGGAGAUUCCCACGUUGCUCAGUUCCAGAUUCCUUCAUGUGCAAGGAGACCCAGGUUGAUGAGGACCUCAUCUGUGAGGGAGUUGAUAGCGACCGCAUGGAUUUUGCACUUUCUCUCGCCAGUUCCUCUGAAGCCCUUUGCAAUUUGACCCUCACUGAACAUGCCUGCUCCAUGGCCACGCAUCUGACAGCCAGCAACGUGGUCACAUUGAUGAAAUGCUCACUGGAAAGCCACAUGCCAUUACCUGUAGCGGUCUGGAAGCUUUUCUUUGAAAAAGCCUCCGCUGCACUAGAUGAGGCUCUUAUGACAUUUGCCACCAUGGCUCCCAACAACACCAACCCAUCCUUUUCACACGCCCUUGAGGCUCUCGGAGAAGUGAGAAUUGCCAAGUUGAGCCACUCCCAACUGCAGAACGCAUCCUUUGUCAGAAGCUUGUUCCAGACAAAUCUUCGUCCAUUUUUGGCCUCUCCAUCCCGGAACUUCCUCUUCUGCCUUAGCUCCAGGAACUUCAGCUGCCACACGUACCAGACUGUCACCCAGACAUUCAGCAGCCAAAUGGCAUACAUGGACAGAGAGAGUCAGCGCGCAGUCUACACUCAUUUCAUCAAGCCAUUCCUUUCAAGAAAUGACUCCUCAGAUCCUGGCUGUGUAUCAUUAUCCAGAGAUAGUCAAGAGUGGCUGGAGGAAAACCUUGCCGGAUUCGCAGCUUUUGCAACCCUGCAGGAUCUGCAAGCCCUUAAUGCCAACUUCUCAAGCGCCGAAGUCUUGUCAGUUCUCACUCCUACUCAGUUGGGACAGUUUGUACGGACUUUCGAGGCCUUGGAUGACACAGAACCAUUGGACCGUGUGUUUGACCGGCUCGAGGAGGGCAAUCCUCGAGAAAAUGUGGAGGAAUUCCUGACAGAGUUGACCGCAAAUGAAGAGGUCCCUGAUUUCCAACCCCUUGUGAGAGACCGUGUGAUGAACAGGACCUUCACCAUCAUCAGUCCCCAUUUCACAACGUUUGAGGAAGUCGACUGGAUUGACUUGUUUCAGCGGUUACUGGUUCCUCUCCUCCCGAGUUUCAAUGCGAUGAUGCUCGAGGUUGCAAUCUCAGACAUUAACUGCACAAACUAUCACGUUGUUGUGAGAGGGAUGGCCAGAGCUUUCCCUGAAAUGUCACCACAGAGACAGCAAGAAAUCACAGAAGUUCUGCUGGAUUACCUGCAAAAUUCUGCCAGCGUCAUCAACAAGCCAGUUUGCAGGCAGGGAAUUCAGAGUGACGCAGAAUUUCUUGAAGCAAACUUGGGUCCAUUUUCCGAAAGCAUACCACUCUCUGACCUCAAAUUCUUCAACCUUUCUGUGGCGACGCUUGUGGGCUCUCUCUCACCAAACCAGAGGGCCGAGCUGAUCCUGGAUCCAGAAAUCGGUGCUUUGGAGAAUGAGACCUUGGUAAGGGAGGUGUUCAAAAGCUUGACAGAGUCCCCUGACGACGAGCAGCUGGGGGAGUUUCUUGAGGCUUUUGCAACCAUCACCAAGCAGAGAAACAUCUCCCUCAUCAGAGAUAAAGCUGUGCGAGAUACCAUCUUAAACAUGACCUUGACAGCCCUUGCCCCUGAAUUUGAAGAUUUUGAGCCGGAAGACUUUCAGACGUUGUUUCAGAUCAAUUUGGCUCCUGUGAUGGCAAGCAUCCGCCCUGGCAACUUGACAGUGAUCCCCAGUAACAUCAGCUGUGAAUCCUACGCAGCUAUAAUCACUGGUUUUCGGCAAAGUUUGGAAUCUCUGCCAGUGCGCCUUUCAUCUGGUGUGAGAUCGAGCAAAAAGUUCCUCGAGAGGAGAUUCCCACGUUGCUCAGUUCCAGAUUCCUUCAUGUGCAAGGAGACCCAGGUUGAUGAGGACCUCAUCUGUGAGGGAGUUGAUAGCGACCGCAUGGAUUUUGCACUUUCUCUCGCCAGUUCCUCUGAAGCCCUUUGCAAUUUGACCCUCACUGAACAUGCCUGCUCCAUGGCCACGCAUCUGACAGCCAGCAACGUGGUCACAUUGAUGAAAUGCUCACUGGAAAGCCACAUGCCAUUACCUGUAGCGGUCUGGAAGCUUUUCUUUGAAAAAGCCUCCGCUGCACUAGAUGAGGCUCUUAUGACAUUUGCCACCAUGGCUCCCAACAACACCAACCCAUCCUUUUCACACGCCCUUGAGGCUCUCGGAGAAGUGAGAAUUGCCAAGUUGAGCCACUCCCAACUGCAGAACGCAUCCUUUGUCAGAAGCUUGUUCCAGACAAAUCUUCGUCCAUUUUUGGCCUCUCCAUCCCGGAACUUCCUCUUCUGCCUUAGCUCCAGGAACUUCAGCUGCCACACGUACCAGACUGUCACCCAGACAUUCAGCAGCCAAAUGGCAUACAUGGACAGAGAGAGUCAGCGCGCAGUCUACACUCAUUUCAUCAAGCCAUUCCUUUCAAGAAAUGACUCCUCAGAUCCUGGCUGUGUAUCAUUAUCCAGAGAUAGUCAAGAGUGGCUGGAGGAAAACCUUGCCGGAUUCGCAGCUUUUGCAACCCUGCAGGAUCUGCAAGCCCUUAAUGCCAACUUCUCAAGCGCCGAAGUCUUGUCAGUUCUCACUCCUACUCAGUUGGGACAGUUUGUACGGACUUUCGAGGCCUUGGAUGACACAGAACCAUUGGACCGUGUGUUUGACCGGCUCGAGGAGGGCAAUCCUCGAGAAAAUGUGGAGGAAUUCCUGACAGAGUUGACCGCAAAUGAAGAGGUCCCUGAUUUCCAACCCCUUGUGAGAGACCGUGUGAUGAACAGGACCUUCACCAUCAUCAGUCCCCAUUUCACAACGUUUGAGGAAGUCGACUGGAUUGACUUGUUUCAGCGGUUACUGGUUCCUCUCCUCCCGAGUUUCAAUGCGAUGAUGCUCGAGGUUGCAAUCUCAGACAUUAACUGCACAAACUAUCACGUUGUUGUGAGAGGGAUGGCCAGAGCUUUCCCUGAAAUGUCACCACAGAGACAGCAAGAAAUCACAGAAGUUCUGCUGGAUUACCUGCAAAAUUCUGCCAGCGUCAUCAACAAGCCAGUUUGCAGGCAGGGAAUUCAGAGUGACGCAGAAUUUCUUGAAGCAAACUUGGGUCCAUUUUCCGAAAGCAUACCACUCUCUGACCUCAAAUUCUUCAACCUUUCUGUGGCGACGCUUGUGGGCUCUCUCUCACCAAACCAGAGGGCCGAGCUGAUCCUGGAUCCAGAAAUCGGUGCUUUGGAGAAUGAGACCUUGGUAAGGGAGGUGUUCAAAAGCUUGACAGAGUCCCCUGACGACGAGCAGCUGGGGGAGUUUCUUGAGGCUUUUGCAACCAUCACCAAGCAGAGAAACAUCUCCCUCAUCAGAGAUAAAGCUGUGCGAGAUACCAUCUUAAACAUGACCUUGACAGCCCUUGCCCCUGAAUUUGAAGAUUUUGAGCCGGAAGACUUUCAGACGUUGUUUCAGAUCAAUUUGGCUCCUGUGAUGGCAAGCAUCCGCCCUGGCAACUUGACAGUGAUCCCCAGUAACAUCAGCUGUGAAUCCUACGCAGCUAUAAUCACUGGUUUUCGGCAAAGUUUGGAAUCUCUGCCAGUGCGCCUUUCAUCUGGUGUGAGAUCGAGCAAAAAGUUCCUCGAGAGGAGAUUCCCACGUUGCUCAGUUCCAGAUUCCUUCAUGUGCAAGGAGACCCAGGUUGAUGAGGACCUCAUCUGUGAGGGAGUUGAUAGCGACCGCAUGGAUUUUGCACUUUCUCUCGCCAGUUCCUCUGAAGCCCUUUGCAAUUUGACCCUCACUGAACAUGCCUGCUCCAUGGCCACGCAUCUGACAGCCAGCAACGUGGUCACAUUGAUGAAAUGCUCACUGGAAAGCCACAUGCCAUUACCUGUAGCGGUCUGGAAGCUUUUCUUUGAAAAAGCCUCCGCUGCACUAGAUGAGGCUCUUAUGACAUUUGCCACCAUGGCUCCCAACAACACCAACCCAUCCUUUUCACACGCCCUUGAGGCUCUCGGAGAAGUGAGAAUUGCCAAGUUGAGCCACUCCCAACUGCAGAACGCAUCCUUUGUCAGAAGCUUGUUCCAGACAAAUCUUCGUCCAUUUUUGGCCUCUCCAUCCCGGAACUUCCUCUUCUGCCUUAGCUCCAGGAACUUCAGCUGCCACACGUACCAGACUGUCACCCAGACAUUCAGCAGCCAAAUGGCAUACAUGGACAGAGAGAGUCAGCGCGCAGUCUACACUCAUUUCAUCAAGCCAUUCCUUUCAAGAAAUGACUCCUCAGAUCCUGGCUGUGUAUCAUUAUCCAGAGAUAGUCAAGAGUGGCUGGAGGAAAACCUUGCCGGAUUCGCAGCUUUUGCAACCCUGCAGGAUCUGCAAGCCCUUAAUGCCAACUUCUCAAGCGCCGAAGUCUUGUCAGUUCUCACUCCUACUCAGUUGGGACAGUUUGUACGGACUUUCGAGGCCUUGGAUGACACAGAACCAUUGGACCGUGUGUUUGACCGGCUCGAGGAGGGCAAUCCUCGAGAAAAUGUGGAGGAAUUCCUGACAGAGUUGACCGCAAAUGAAGAGGUCCCUGAUUUCCAACCCCUUGUGAGAGACCGUGUGAUGAACAGGACCUUCACCAUCAUCAGUCCCCAUUUCACAACGUUUGAGGAAGUCGACUGGAUUGACUUGUUUCAGCGGUUACUGGUUCCUCUCCUCCCGAGUUUCAAUGCGAUGAUGCUCGAGGUUGCAAUCUCAGACAUUAACUGCACAAACUAUCACGUUGUUGUGAGAGGGAUGGCCAGAGCUUUCCCUGAAAUGUCACCACAGAGACAGCAAGAAAUCACAGAAGUUCUGCUGGAUUACCUGCAAAAUUCUGCCAGCGUCAUCAACAAGCCAGUUUGCAGGCAGGGAAUUCAGAGUGACGCAGAAUUUCUUGAAGCAAACUUGGGUCCAUUUUCCGAAAGCAUACCACUCUCUGACCUCAAAUUCUUCAACCUUUCUGUGGCGACGCUUGUGGGCUCUCUCUCACCAAACCAGAGGGCCGAGCUGAUCCUGGAUCCAGAAAUCGGUGCUUUGGAGAAUGAGACCUUGGUAAGGGAGGUGUUCAAAAGCUUGACAGAGUCCCCUGACGACGAGCAGCUGGGGGAGUUUCUUGAGGCUUUUGCAACCAUCACCAAGCAGAGAAACAUCUCCCUCAUCAGAGAUAAAGCUGUGCGAGAUACCAUCUUAAACAUGACCUUGACAGCCCUUGCCCCUGAAUUUGAAGAUUUUGAGCCGGAAGACUUUCAGACGUUGUUUCAGAUCAAUUUGGCUCCUGUGAUGGCAAGCAUCCGCCCUGGCAACUUGACAGUGAUCCCCAGUAACAUCAGCUGUGAAUCCUACGCAGCUAUAAUCACUGGUUUUCGGCAAAGUUUGGAAUCUCUGCCAGUGCGCCUUUCAUCUGGUGUGAGAUCGAGCAAAAAGUUCCUCGAGAGGAGAUUCCCACGUUGCUCAGUUCCAGAUUCCUUCAUGUGCAAGGAGACCCAGGUUGAUGAGGACCUCAUCUGUGAGGGAGUUGAUAGCGACCGCAUGGAUUUUGCACUUUCUCUCGCCAGUUCCUCUGAAGCCCUUUGCAAUUUGACCCUCACUGAACAUGCCUGCUCCAUGGCCACGCAUCUGACAGCCAGCAACGUGGUCACAUUGAUGAAAUGCUCACUGGAAAGCCACAUGCCAUUACCUGUAGCGGUCUGGAAGCUUUUCUUUGAAAAAGCCUCCGCUGCACUAGAUGAGGCUCUUAUGACAUUUGCCACCAUGGCUCCCAACAACACCAACCCAUCCUUUUCACACGCCCUUGAGGCUCUCGGAGAAGUGAGAAUUGCCAAGUUGAGCCACUCCCAACUGCAGAACGCAUCCUUUGUCAGAAGCUUGUUCCAGACAAAUCUUCGUCCAUUUUUGGCCUCUCCAUCCCGGAACUUCCUCUUCUGCCUUAGCUCCAGGAACUUCAGCUGCCACACGUACCAGACUGUCACCCAGACAUUCAGCAGCCAAAUGGCAUACAUGGACAGAGAGAGUCAGCGCGCAGUCUACACUCAUUUCAUCAAGCCAUUCCUUUCAAGAAAUGACUCCUCAGAUCCUGGCUGUGUAUCAUUAUCCAGAGAUAGUCAAGAGUGGCUGGAGGAAAACCUUGCCGGAUUCGCAGCUUUUGCAACCCUGCAGGAUCUGCAAGCCCUUAAUGCCAACUUCUCAAGCGCCGAAGUCUUGUCAGUUCUCACUCCUACUCAGUUGGGACAGUUUGUACGGACUUUCGAGGCCUUGGAUGACACAGAACCAUUGGACCGUGUGUUUGACCGGCUCGAGGAGGGCAAUCCUCGAGAAAAUGUGGAGGAAUUCCUGACAGAGUUGACCGCAAAUGAAGAGGUCCCUGAUUUCCAACCCCUUGUGAGAGACCGUGUGAUGAACAGGACCUUCACCAUCAUCAGUCCCCAUUUCACAACGUUUGAGGAAGUCGACUGGAUUGACUUGUUUCAGCGGUUACUGGUUCCUCUCCUCCCGAGUUUCAAUGCGAUGAUGCUCGAGGUUGCAAUCUCAGACAUUAACUGCACAAACUAUCACGUUGUUGUGAGAGGGAUGGCCAGAGCUUUCCCUGAAAUGUCACCACAGAGACAGCAAGAAAUCACAGAAGUUCUGCUGGAUUACCUGCAAAAUUCUGCCAGCGUCAUCAACAAGCCAGUUUGCAGGCAGGGAAUUCAGAGUGACGCAGAAUUUCUUGAAGCAAACUUGGGUCCAUUUUCCGAAAGCAUACCACUCUCUGACCUCAAAUUCUUCAACCUUUCUGUGGCGACGCUUGUGGGCUCUCUCUCACCAAACCAGAGGGCCGAGCUGAUCCUGGAUCCAGAAAUCGGUGCUUUGGAGAAUGAGACCUUGGUAAGGGAGGUGUUCAAAAGCUUGACAGAGUCCCCUGACGACGAGCAGCUGGGGGAGUUUCUUGAGGCUUUUGCAACCAUCACCAAGCAGAGAAACAUCUCCCUCAUCAGAGAUAAAGCUGUGCGAGAUACCAUCUUAAACAUGACCUUGACAGCCCUUGCCCCUGAAUUUGAAGAUUUUGAGCCGGAAGACUUUCAGACGUUGUUUCAGAUCAAUUUGGCUCCUGUGAUGGCAAGCAUCCGCCCUGGCAACUUGACAGUGAUCCCCAGUAACAUCAGCUGUGAAUCCUACGCAGCUAUAAUCACUGGUUUUCGGCAAAGUUUGGAAUCUCUGCCAGUGCGCCUUUCAUCUGGUGUGAGAUCGAGCAAAAAGUUCCUCGAGAGGAGAUUCCCACGUUGCUCAGUUCCAGAUUCCUUCAUGUGCAAGGAGACCCAGGUUGAUGAGGACCUCAUCUGUGAGGGAGUUGAUAGCGACCGCAUGGAUUUUGCACUUUCUCUCGCCAGUUCCUCUGAAGCCCUUUGCAAUUUGACCCUCACUGAACAUGCCUGCUCCAUGGCCACGCAUCUGACAGCCAGCAACGUGGUCACAUUGAUGAAAUGCUCACUGGAAAGCCACAUGCCAUUACCUGUAGCGGUCUGGAAGCUUUUCUUUGAAAAAGCCUCCGCUGCACUAGAUGAGGCUCUUAUGACAUUUGCCACCAUGGCUCCCAACAACACCAACCCAUCCUUUUCACACGCCCUUGAGGCUCUCGGAGAAGUGAGAAUUGCCAAGUUGAGCCACUCCCAACUGCAGAACGCAUCCUUUGUCAGAAGCUUGUUCCAGACAAAUCUUCGUCCAUUUUUGGCCUCUCCAUCCCGGAACUUCCUCUUCUGCCUUAGCUCCAGGAACUUCAGCUGCCACACGUACCAGACUGUCACCCAGACAUUCAGCAGCCAAAUGGCAUACAUGGACAGAGAGAGUCAGCGCGCAGUCUACACUCAUUUCAUCAAGCCAUUCCUUUCAAGAAAUGACUCCUCAGAUCCUGGCUGUGUAUCAUUAUCCAGAGAUAGUCAAGAGUGGCUGGAGGAAAACCUUGCCGGAUUCGCAGCUUUUGCAACCCUGCAGGAUCUGCAAGCCCUUAAUGCCAACUUCUCAAGCGCCGAAGUCUUGUCAGUUCUCACUCCUACUCAGUUGGGACAGUUUGUACGGACUUUCGAGGCCUUGGAUGACACAGAACCAUUGGACCGUGUGUUUGACCGGCUCGAGGAGGGCAAUCCUCGAGAAAAUGUGGAGGAAUUCCUGACAGAGUUGACCGCAAAUGAAGAGGUCCCUGAUUUCCAACCCCUUGUGAGAGACCGUGUGAUGAACAGGACCUUCACCAUCAUCAGUCCCCAUUUCACAACGUUUGAGGAAGUCGACUGGAUUGACUUGUUUCAGCGGUUACUGGUUCCUCUCCUCCCGAGUUUCAAUGCGAUGAUGCUCGAGGUUGCAAUCUCAGACAUUAACUGCACAAACUAUCACGUUGUUGUGAGAGGGAUGGCCAGAGCUUUCCCUGAAAUGUCACCACAGAGACAGCAAGAAAUCACAGAAGUUCUGCUGGAUUACCUGCAAAAUUCUGCCAGCGUCAUCAACAAGCCAGUUUGCAGGCAGGGAAUUCAGAGUGACGCAGAAUUUCUUGAAGCAAACUUGGGUCCAUUUUCCGAAAGCAUACCACUCUCUGACCUCAAAUUCUUCAACCUUUCUGUGGUGACAGCAAUUGACGCUCUCUCUUCAACACAAAAAGCUCAAUUUCUCCUUGAACCAAACAACUUGUCAAAUGAAACCCUUGUGAGGCUUGUCUUCACAGAACUUACUGCAUCAUCAGAUGUGGAAGACUUCGGCUCUUUCUUUGAUGAAUUUGGUCGUGGUGCUUUAGAGCAAAACUUGACCGCCAUUGACCCAAGAGUGCGUGAAACCAUCUUAAAUCUCACCCUAACUGCACUUGGACCAAAACUAUCUAUGCUAGAUGCUGAGGGGGUCAAGUUAUGGUUCCAGGUCUACCUACCUCUUUUCCUUCCAGGCAUUCAGUCAAGCACUUUAGAAAUCAUUCCACGUGAUAUCAGUUGUGACUCAUAUCAAGAGAUUGUCAAGGGUUAUGACAGUGUUUUCACUCAACUCUCCACGAGGCAGACCCAACAGGUUUUCAUGUUCAUAAAGGACUAUCUUCGGAGACAUUCCUCAUCAGGUUUUGCCUGCGUUGAAGCUCUAAAUGAUGACAGACGUUGGCUCGUAGACAACUUUGGUCGAUUCCUUGUGCAUGCCUCCUACAUGGACUUUGUGACCUUAAAGAACAAUUUCAAUGGAGUGGAGGUUGCAGAUCUUCUUUCUCUCAGUCAGCUGACCGACCUCGCAGCAACUCCCUCACAGCUAAAGACCAUGCAAGAUGUGAAAGAAAUCAUGACAGUCAUUGACCCUGUUGACUUUGGGGCUUUCUUUGACACAGUCUCACCGGCCAUUGAGGAACACCCACUCAACUACUCAGUAGAGGUGAAAUCUGCCUUCCUCCAAGAAGUAAUUGACAAUGGGGAUCUGUCCUCUUCAGUCAUCAAUGAUACAGAGUUCCUGCAGUGGCUCAGGGUUCGACUGAGCCCUCUGGUGGUUAACCUCUCUUCGAGCCUGGUGACACCCUUAUUUGACAUUGGGAAUAACAGGAGUUGUAACAGCAGCCAAGAGUUGAUUAAAUUGCUGGACGCACAACACUUGACAUUCAGCAAUGACACCCAAAGGGAGAUCCAUGAUAACAUCCUCUACUUCCUCCAAGGUCCACCACCCCUCAAGUGUUACACCAGUGGAAGCUUCUACAUCUACUUGAGAGACACUUUCCUCAGAUUUGAUUUUCCAAACUUGUCCAUGUUCACGUCUCUUCUGCCAGAGAAACGCCAGUCAGAGCUCUUAAAUACCAUCAGCACCUCAGAGCUGAAUCAGCUCCUCAGUCAACCCAAUGUGAUUGAUGAAGACUCUGACAUCUGUGUCAUCUUAAACAACUACCAAAACACCACUUCCUUCCUUGAAACGGAGGAUGUUGCAGAUGAUGUGAGACAGGUGAUCCUGCCUUGUGUUUGGCCUUUGGCACUGAGGAGCGACAGCAGAGCUGAGGUUCAUGCCUGGUUUGAGCGACGGUUGCCAAACUAUCUCAGAUUCCUCACCAAAAGCCUCAUCAGUGCCAACGAAGUGCAGAAUGCUUCAUGUUUUGCCUUCCAGGAAUUUGUCUCUGUGUUGGGAAAUAACUUCACAUACAAUUCUGAGUUUGGACGGGGUGAUGUAUAUGACACCAUCCGGACCUACUUAACUGGCUCUGAAGCCAGAUGCUUCAGUACCAGUGACCCAGAACUAAAUUCCACUGCCUGGUUUGUUAAUAACAUCGGCACUUUUGUGACGUUUGUCACUGUGGAUGAUCUCACCACCUUUACCUCCACCAGUCAAGCUGAAGUGUUCUUAACGGACAAAGCCAACCUGGAGCUCUUUGACAACCCAGCAAUCCCAGAAGAUGUAACUGAACUGUACAUCUUUGAGCUUUAUGAAAUCAACCCAACCUUCAGCCCUCUGAAGCUUCCAGGUUCCUUCCUGUGCUUCAGUGAAGUCCCAAGUUCAGCAUAUUCUGCUGCAAAUGAAGAUGACAUCCUACCCAUCUUGACUGAGCUGGAGCAAUUCUGUAAUGGAACAAAUGAUCCUGAGGUAUCUGCAGCUCUGGUAUCCAACAUCAAGACCUUCACGGCAGAUACGUUUGAGAAACUGGGCAAUUCUAGCACAGGCUUGACCAGUAGCCAGAUCACUUCGGUUUCCCCAGUAGUGCUGGUUUCCUCUUUGCCCACCCUGGGUUCAGUCGGCAACUGGAACCAGGAGCAGGCCACUACAAUCGUCCAAACCAUCACUGCCUCAGGCUUCCAGAUCAACAGUGGAGACUCCCUGGAAUCCCUCGGCACACUGGUUGCUGGAGUUUCUUCAGACUCAAUCGAAAAAAUCCCAGCUGCUGAGCUUACUACCAUUGCCCAGAGCAGCACCUUCGUUUCCAACAUGCUGACAGCCCCACAAAUCGUCCAGCACACCUUCACCCAGCAGAUCAUUUCUGUGGACACAGCACCAGCCAGCGUGGUGCAGAAUGUCCCUGAUGCCUUGGCAAGUGAGAUCCCACCUUCCCUGCUCCUUUUCUCCGAGGAGACUGUGGAUAUUAGCGUGCUUAACAAAAAGGAAUGGACGUCAGAUCAGGCUGCCAUGUUUUUUGACACACUUGGUGAAACAGACUUUGACAUCGAAGAACUUAAUCCACCUGUGCUGCAAGGCUUCACAUGCACAACAGUCCAAAAAAUGACAAAAAACAGGAUCAAUGAGCUGAUCCAUGCCAGCAGGCCAAGGAAAGGCAGGGCUAAAGUGAAGUUGGAUGAGUCACAGCUGACGUGCAUGUACAACCUGCUCGAUGGAAGAAUCUCCCAGAACUUCACAGAUUAUCCCUCAGACAUGCUGCUCUACCUAAACACCAAAGAUGUGGAGAAAGCCAACUGCAAGUCAUACUUUUCCGCAAUGGGUGAUGCAGACUUCUCUGUGACCUCCAGCAUUUUGAACAGGAACUCACUGCUACUCAGUGACGCCAGGACCUGCUUGGGUAUAAGUGGUGUGAAUCUGAGCAGCGAUAACCUGGAGGUGCUGGGAAACAUGGCCUGCACUCUGGACAGUUCUUACAUCCAGAACUCUGAUCCUCUCAUUCUGGAAAAACUCAAAGCCUGCAAGGACUUCUCUGCCAGCCAGAUUACUGCCAUGGAGACACAGCUGCUGUCUGGGAACACACGAUAUGGCAAAGUCAGCACCUGGAACAGGACAACUCUGGAAAAUCUUCAGGACCUACCUCUGUAUUUAACAAGAAACAUCUGGGACGAGCUCAGAUCUUCAACAAGGAGAAGGUUCCUUAAGAUCUUCAUGCGCAAACUGAGGAAAGAAAACACAGAGAAGACUAAGCUCAAGGAUCUGUUUCAAGAGGUCAACAUUGUCAGGGCCAAACGAGGAGCAGGCUGCACUGUUGGUGAUAUAACCGAGGUGACAGUCAAAGACGAUUCUUUCCCCAUUGGCUACACCGCAUCGCAAUUUGACCUCUGCUUGGACCUCCCUAUCCUGAGGGAUAACCUGAACACUAUCUGUGAGAAAGUGGAUGCCGAUGAAUAUCAGAAAAUCAUUCUAGCGAAACUCAACCAGUUCCAGGCAUACCCUUCGGAUGUUCCUGAGGAUAAAGUUCAGGUGCUCAAUUCAGUGUCUCGUGUGGCAUCACUUGACGACAUCUCCAAGUGGACCAUCACCAAAGCUGACACACUAGCAGCCCUAAUGAAAUCUGGGGAUGGAUCAUGGGAGGCAGAAAAGAGCAAAGCAAUCAUCACCAAGUACCUGGGUGCUUCUGGGAACUCCCUGGGCAGCACUGAGCUGAACAGUAUUGGUUCCAAUGUGUGCUCAUUAGACACCAGCACGCUGAGGACCAUCACCCCAGAGAGCAUCAGAAAUGCCAAUCCUCUGGACCUGACGUCGUGUUCAUUGGAACAGAAGAAAGUCCUGUAUGAGAUCAGUAAAACGGCCUUCAGCUCGCUGAAUUCUAAUCCCACUGCCUAUUACAAUUCAAUUAAGCCUUAUCUAGGCGGGGCACCUCUGGAAGAUAUAGUACAACUGUCAACCCAGGGCAUCAGUAUGGACAUUGCCACUUUCGCUAGUCUGGAUCCAGACGUAAUCUCUAAAUUGAGCGUGGACCAAGUGAGAGGCCUCGUUGGUAGCCAUCUACAAGAUCUGAAGUUGUUUGAGAACGAUGCUGCAGUUGAGAGAUGGAGAAACUUGCAGACACAGGAAAACCUGGACAAACUGCAAAUAGGCCUAACCACCAUCAGAACCACCCUGACCACUGCACCCCCUGGCACCGCUGCAACAACUGUGCCUGGCACCGCUGCAACAACUGUGCCUGGCACCGCUGCAACACCCGGCACUACUACAACACCCGGCACUACUACAACACCCCUGCCUGGCACCCCUGCAACUCCCGGCACUACUGCAAAACCCGGUACCACCAACGCUGCUACAGCUGCUACAGCAACAACACAAGAAAACACAGCGACUGCUGUCACUGCAGGGGUAACACCAGAAAAUACCACAAGUGGGGGAGCACAGCUUGUAGGACACCCAGCAUCCAUAUCCCUGGCUGCUCUGCUGACAACUGUGCUGCUAAUACUUCAACAACUAGCCUAAAUCCAUCCGUCACUUACUAGUCAUGUUAAUCAAUUAACAGUGACUAUUACAUUUUUAAUACAUUUUCAGUUAGCUAUCUAUUAAAAUGAUCUAUUAUUAUAUCUAUUAUAAAGGGAAUUGGUUUAUUGCUAUUGCUUAAUUCCUGCUUCACUCUAUGACAUAAUGUUGUAAAGUUACAUUAUUGAACAAUCACAGGAAUUAGAAUAAUAUGUUUUUAGUGGUGAUCUGGGGCUAUUUUCUUCAUACUAGUGUUUUGAAAUUAUAUUCUGCUAAUAUUAAAAUGUAUGCUCAAUCAUUAUUAAAAGCUAAAGUUAAAUAAAUUAAAAAUAAAUUAGAAUAAAUUAAAAAUAAAUCUUUCAAAUUGCUUGCAUUAUAUACAAUCAUUAUUUAAACUGCUAUUCCUGAAAUGAAUAAAGACAUAAUAAAUA